AGCGGAAGACUGCCCUAGGUUAAGAUGGCGCGGGCGGCGUCAGCGCCGAGGGGCUCGGGCGAGGGCCGGGCUGUGGGCGCCCGGGCGGCGCGGUGCAUUGUGGGGUAGUGGCGGGUUUGGGCUGGGCCGCGUAGCGUUUGGACGUCUGGGCCAUGGCUUCCUGGGCCGCGCUUUCGCCCAGUAUCGUGGAGUAUUUCGAGGGCGAGGAUUUCUACCGCUGCGGCUAUUGCAAGAAUGAGUCGGGCAGUCGCUCCAAUGGCAUGUGGGCACAUUCCAUGACUGUACAGGAUUAUCAGGAUCUCAUAGACCGAGGAUGGCGAAGAAGUGGGAAAUAUGUGUACAAACCUGUCAUGAAUCAAACAUGUUGUCCUCAGUACACAAUAAGGUGCCGGCCUUUACAGUUUCAGCCAUCAAAAUCUCACAAGAAGGUUUUGAAAAAAAUGUUGAAAUUUCUGGCUAAAGGGGAAAUUUCAAAAGGAAGUUGUGAGGAUGAGCCCAUGGAGCCCACCAUGGAGGAUGCCGUUGCCAGUGACUUUGCUUUAAUAAAUAAAUUGGAUAUACAGUGUGACCUUAAAACACUCAGUGAUGACCUCAAAGAGAGCUUAAAGAGUGAAGAGAAGAAGAAAGGAAAGAGCUCAGAAUCUAAUGAAUUAAUCCAGUCACAAGAUAUGGAAGAGAAGUUGGACUCUGGUGAACCAUCACAUUCAGUAAAAGUGCAUACACUUCCUCAGCCAGGCAAAGGGGCAGAUUUGAGUAAGCCUCCAUGUCGAAAAGCAAAGGAAAUCCGGAAAGAAAGGAAAAGGUUAAAACUCAUGCGGCAGAACCCGGGUGGAAAACUGGAGGGUUUCCAGGUGCAGUGUCAGCCACCGUCUUUGUUCCCACCAAAGGCUAAAUCCAACCAGCCCAAGUCACUUGAAGAUUUAAUUUUUGAAUCUUUACCAGAGAGUGCAUCACACAAGUUUGAGGUGAGGGUGGUGAGAUCAUCUCCACCAAGUUCUCAGUUCAAAGCCACAUUUCAGGAGUCUUACCAGGUCUAUAAACGCUACCAGAUGGUUGUUCACAAGGACCCACCUGAUAAACCAACUGUGAGCCAGGUGAGGCUAGUACCUGUCUCCUUUGAGGACCCCGAGUUCAAGUCGUCCUUCAGCCAGUCAUUUUCUUUAUAUGUCAAGUAUCAAAUGGCUGUACACCAGGACCCGCCUGAUGAAUGUGGGAAGACCGAGUUCACAAGAUUCCUUUGCAGCUCACCGUUGGAGGCAGAGACCCCCCCCAGUGGGCCAGACUGUGGUUAUGGUUCCUUUCACCAGCAGUACUGGCUUGACGGAAAGAUCAUUGCUGUGGGGGUGAUUGACAUCCUUCCAUACUGUGUCUCGUCUGUAUAUUUGUACUACGAUCCCGAUUAUUCGUUUCUGUCUUUGGGUGUCUACUCUGCACUUCGAGAAAUUGCUUUUACUAGGCAGCUUCAUGAGAAAACAUCUCAACUCAGCUAUUACUAUAUGGGUUUCUACAUUCAUUCAUGUCCCAAGAUGAAGUAUAAGGGUCAGUACAGACCGUCUGAUUUGCUGUGUCCUGAGACAUACGUUUGGGUACCCAUCGAGCAGUGCCUGCCUUCACUUGAGAACUCCAAGUACUGCCGUUUCAACCAGGACCCAGAAGCAGAUGAGAAAACUGAGGCCCAGGCCACUCUAACGGUGAUGGCACAGACUGCAAAGACAUUUCCUAAGAGGGCAGGCUGCGGUGCCAGUGGGCAUCCGACCGCUCCUCCUCCAGGGCUGUAAGUCGAGUCGAAGGGCAGGAACCAUCCAGAGAGUCGAUGUGACCAGCUCCUGGAGAGCCACCUAGCCACCCUCAGCUUGUGAAGAGCCAGGGCCAGCAUAACCAAGCAGACCUUUUAGAGCCUUGGACAGGAUUCUGUUUAGAAAGACUGGGGACUCUUCCCAGCCUCCACCAAGACGCUCUGGACACUGACCUCCGCGGUGCCCAGAUAUCUCCCACGACUCUGCCCGAGAGCCUCCCCUCGGAUCCUGCACCCACAGCACCCACAAGCAGCAGGCACCCGAUAAAUAGCUGUUGAGGACAUGCCUCCCCUGCAGCCGGGAUGGAUGCUUUCUACUCCUCCAAACCCCAAGGCUCCUUCCAAGUCCAGGUCCAGCCCUCCUCCCCUGUGAAAAUUUCUUGAAGUUCUCCCCCCAGGAACUGCUCCCUGUUUUGACACCUAGAAGCAGAUGUCUGAACCCCUGGUCUGCAGCACAUACUUUUCCUCGUUCAUUAUUGUCAGCAAACGUGUGGUUGGCUCGUAAUUACCAGAGCAACAAAGUGCAACUCUUCCUGGUUCCCGCUCUCAGAGGAGUCCCCACAACAUGAUUACAGUGAUGCUUAAUGUAAUGUGUUAAUUUGGUUGGGUCACAGUGCCCAGAUAUGUGGUCAGACAUUAUUCUAGAUGUUUCUAUGAGAGUGAUUUUUUUUUUUCCAGUGAGAUUUACAUUUAGAUUGAUGGACUUUGUGUAAAGCAGAUUGCCUUCCACGACAUAAGUUGGUCUCAUCCAAUCAGUUGAAGGCCUGAAUAGGACAAUGAUUGACCUCCCCAGUGCAAGAGGGC